AUGCAAUUGCGACUGGUAGCUGACCAGUCCACAUUGAUCUAUUCCGUCAAAGGGGAUGAGACAAGACCGUUCCGCGAGAACUCCGAUACCGUGCUCAACUACGGCUUGCUGGUAUGCAGCGAGUCGUUCAAUGCCGUAGGAUGUGUCCCUGAUGCUCUUUGCUAUCGUGUUUUGGCCAUGCCCCAGGUGCCGAAUAUCCAGAGAGUGCGCCAGUUGGAGGUCUUAGGGACCUACGGGCGGGAGAAGAAGAAACCAAACGCGCUUUUCAAAUCUCCCCUUUCACCACAUUUUUUCGCCGUUAGCAUGUCGUCCAACGUUCCUAUCGGAGUCGCCGGUGCAACGGCUCCAACACCGCAGAACACUCCCUUGACACAAGCACCCAUCGCCCUCGGUCUUUCGCGACCCACAGUCCCAGACAUCUCGGAGGAUAACGAGGCCGAAACGGGAGGCGACGAUGAAGGCGGCCCAUCGCUUGCAGGCCUCGAGGAGCACAUGGCUGAAAUGGUGCAAGGGAAGCUCGCUGGACUACUGGGCAAGAGCUCUGGCUAUAUCGAAAGUCUGCCAGUCGAAAUCAAGUUGAACGUCGAAGCUCUCAAAGGCGUGCAGGUGAAGCAGAAUGAGCUGCAUAACCAGUACAAAAGAGAGUGCCUCGAGCUCGAGAAGAAGUAUCUUGAGCUUCAAAAGCCACUGUACGAACGACGGAACGCCAUCAUCAAUGGCAAAGCGGCACCCACCUCGGAUGAGAUUGAGUCUGGCGAGAAAGCUUCGAUUAAAGAUGACGAAGAUUACACACCUCUCCCCAAAGAUGCCACCCCCGCAUCGGAAGGCAUCCCCGAGUUCUGGCUGACCGCGCUGCGAAAUCACAUCGGCCUGAGCGAUCUGAUCACCGAUAGGGAUGCCGCCGCCCUCAAAUACCUCAUUGAUGUUCGACUUGAAUAUCUCAAGGAAGACAGUCCCGAAGGCAAGCCUGGAUUCAAGAUCCUCUUCGUCUUCAGCAAAAACGAGUUCUUCGAAAACGAGGUUCUGGAGAAGACGUAUCUGUACCAGGAAGAAGUCGGUUACUCGGGCGAUUUCGUUUACGAUCGCGCUCUCGGCACAGACAUCAAGUGGAAGGAGGACAAGGAUCUGACGAAAGAGUUCGAGAUUAAGAAGCAAAGAAACAAAAACACAAACCGAACUCGCCUUGUCCGCAAAGCUCGUCCGACCGACUCGUUUUUCAACUUCUUCUCCCCUCCGGUUCCGCCUACCGAAGAGGGCAUCGAGGCUGGCGACUACGACGACGAUGAGAUCGCCGACCUCGAGGAGAAAUUGGAAGUCGACUACCAGAUCGGUGAAGAUCUCAAGGAGAAGAUCAUCCCGCGGGCUGUUGACUAUUUCACCGGAAAAGCACUGGAAUAUGAGGUCAUGGAUGAUGAUGACGAUGACUACGACGACGAUGAUGAUGAUGACGAAGAUGAUGAUGGCCAAUUCGACGAUGACUCGGAUGACGACGACGACGUCCCUGUGCGCCGACGUGCGGCCCCCAAGGGCCGUGGUGCAGGAGGUAACACUGCCAAGAACGUGAAUCCGGAGGAGUGCAAAAACCAGUAA